AUCAGUAAUGUGGAGAUAAAAGAACAUUGGAUGACAUUAAUCAUCACAGACAAUGGACCGGCGAAGUUGAGAAACAAAACUGAACACUGAACACUGAACGUCGUCAAUGGUGAGAUUCAAUCAACAAAGACAGUGUCAUUCUUCAUGUUGUCAGCAGGAGUCUCUCUCUGCUGGUCCAAAGGUCUUGAAGGUUCCCUAAUUGUCACCUUUCACCCAAUUAAACAAUGAAGGAAAUAUCUGAGUCGUUUGAUUAUUUCUGGUUUACUUUACUAAUUUGUUAAAAUUACUCAUACAGAUCUAGUAGCUAUAUAAUCCUGUUAUAUAUAGUUAUAUAAUCCUGAGUUACUGAAGUAAAUCCAGUUCAGUUCAGUUAAUUUGGAUAAAUACUACUGACUGAAGAAUAUUGUGCUUAAGAAACUUUUCAACAUUCUUAUCAGUUUGAUAAGCCUCAUCAGGGUCUAGAAAAGAACUUGUAUGGGCUGAACACAGUCCUAUGUAGAGCAUGUGUAUAUCGAUAACAACUGAUAUACAGUAGCUGCUUUGUGAUCUUAAAUAAUUGUUGUUAUUGCAUUGAUCUUUUUUUUUAAUAUCCUAGUUAAGAUGCUUGCUUGUAAAUUGCAUACAUUGUUAACAAUAUGAACAAUAUUCCUACUUAUUCUUUUGAAUACUGUACUGUAAUUCCCUGUUAAAGUUGGAUAUUUUUGGAAGUGCUUAUUCCUCCAGAUGGAGGACAUGAGAGAAGGGGACAUGUGGUGUCUGGAGAGAACCUCUAGGGGGAGCUAAAGCUAUGUGAGAAGAUAUAGAAGCCUACCCUACAUGAAAGCUGGACAAGCAAGGAAUAUAGCUGGUUACUGUUUGCAGAGUUACAUUAAAAAGUUGUGUCAUUUGAUGCUGCAGGGCUGUUCUUCUGGUAAUUAUGGUGCAACAUGACAAAAAUGUUUAUGUAAAGAAUAAAAGUGUUUAAGAUUAAGAUUAACUUCAUGUAAAUGUUUAUAUGUUCAGGAACAUGGUAGGUUGAUAUCAUAUUCUUAAGCAGUAUAUUCUAACACACAGGAAACUCUGUAGAUGUUUCUGAAUAAUGAGUGAAGUUUAGACCCCUCCCUCUGCCCCCUCCUGUCUCUCUUAUAGCCCAUCCCUGCACUCUCUCCUUUAUCUGCUCCUCAAGCUGCUCAUCUCUUCACUCAGCACAGAGAGUCAUCACACACUGACAAGAUGCUGCCAGCACUCUGCUCUCUCUUCACUGCUCUCUCAUGUGUCAGUGGUGUGACUGUGGUGACACAGAAGCCUCCUGUUCUCACACCCACUAAAGGAGAGAAGACCACUAUACACUGUAAUCUGGGGACUGUUACUGACUAUGAAGUGUUUUGGUAUAAACAGGUUCCAGGAGAAGCUCCACAGUAUGUGUUAGCGAAUUAUCAUAGCUGGAGCUCUCCUGACUAUGGAUCUGGCUUCUCCUCUCCUAAAUUCACAUCAACACACUCGUCUCAAUCAGAUUACACUCUGAUCAUCAGUAAUGUGGAGGUAGGAGACUCUGCAGUGUAUUACUGUCAGACAUAUGACAGCUCUGCUGCAGUAUUCGGCCAAGGAACAAAGCUGAUCGUCACUGACUCUGCUGUCCCGGCUCCCGUUCUGACCAUCUUCCCUCCAUCCAGUGAAGAGCUGAAGUCUAACAAAGCCACUCUAGUGUGUUUGGCCAAUGACGUGUCCAGUGCUUUAGCUGAUGUGCGUUGGCUGGUGGACGGAAAGGCGGUCAGCAGUGGAGUGACCACUGGCUCUGCAGCGCAGCAGCCCAAUAAGAAGUUCAGACUGAGCAGCUAUUUGACCAUCGAGAGAUCAGAGUGGGAUAAAGAUAAAGCCAUAACAUGUGAAGUGUCUGCUGCCUCAAAAGCCACAACUAAAGAGAUUAAGAAGUCUGAAUGUAGCGACUGAACCGGAUCACAUCUGAUACUUUUUCAUUCUUUUCCUGCAAACUAACAGCUGCUACUUGGCAGAGCUUCAUAGAAACAGUAGUUUAAUGUGUAGUGAAAGAUGCUGAUUUCAUUAACAACAACUGGAUCAUCUCCUGCUUAUGGAGUCAUUUGACUUUUAUGUUUAUGAAUAAAGCUGUUUGAUGAAGUUUAAUAAAAUGCAUAACUAAAAAAA